GAAGAAGAAGAAGACAUAACUCCAGGUCACGUGAUAGGGUCGAGCAUCUUUUUUUGGUCCAUUUUGGAUGAUAGCAAGAGCUCUGUGCAACCCAAGAAAAUGACCAAACUGCAGUUUUUGAACGUAUUUCUGACUGAACGUCUCAUGCUUGCUGCCCAGGAGAUCUACAAAUCUGUGGAGGACACCAUCCUGGAGUACCAGGAGGAGAUCGCCAUCAGGGAGCGAGAGAACGACCAUCUGAGACGCAGGCUGAGAGACGCAGGGAUCGAGAUCUGGCCAGAUCGUCCGUCCAUGGCGCUGUUGGACGAGGAGGAUGGUGAGCACCCACGGCGUGAGUGGAGUCCCAGCAUGGGGCAUGAAGAGCGCAUCCCUAUUCAGAUUAAGGAUAAAAGAGAUCUGCGGGCCAACCAAGGAGAAGAUCAGCUUCGUGGCCAUGGCUCUUGCAGCACACCAGAGAACUUGUUCACUCCCCCGCGUGUUGUUAACGAGUAUCCUCAGGAGGGACCCCACACAUCCAACCUCCCUCAGAGUCAAGGUGUUGAGAACAGGGAGAGGGAUCCUGGAUCUCGAGGCUCCUCAAGACACGUAAAGGUAGAGAGUGGAGGAGGCCACAGAGGCUCUACUUCUUCCAACAGCGGUGCCCAGCCACUCGCACCAGUCAACCCAAACUGCUCAAAUGAGAACAACAUUGACAUUAUCGGGGUGGAGAAUGGAGGACAGAUGGUUGGUGUUAAGGGAAAUGGAAGUGGAGGCAACAGAGGACAGGCCUCUCACAUGCGCAACCAAGGAGCCAAUGCCGUGGACUGCCCUCAUCAAAAAUCCCCCUUACAAGGCCACAUUUCUUCCUUUUGCUGUAAGGUUUGUGGUGAGGCGUUCAGUCACGUUGGCCACCUGCAUGUGCAUGUACAAGUGCACACUCGAGAAAAACCUUAUCGCUGUGGUGUAUGCGGGAAAUGCUGCAGCUCCUCUGGCAGACUCCAGGAGCACCAGCGUAGCCACACAGGAGAAAAACCAUUUCGCUGUCAAAUUUGUGGAAAGGGCUUCACACAGAUGGCUCACUUGAAGGUACACAUGAGGAUCCAUACUGGGGAGAAGCCAUACAGUUGCCCUGUGUGUGGCAAAUGCUUCAGCCGUUCUGACAAAAUCAAAAGGCAUCUCCAGACCCAUAGCCGCGAGGGAUCAUAUUUCUCAGGGCAAUAAUGCAAGUGUGUCGUUAAACAACCCAGUUUGUGAAUCAUAUUGAUGAAGGAAAUUUCCUACAAAAAGCUAAAAACGCUGCCAUUAAAACAAAGCUUUUUUCUUCCUACUUUCCAAGAACUAGGGAUUCUGCAACUCUUGGAGAAAGUUUCUUAUCUAACCUAACACUUCUCCAUGCCAUGGUCCCUCAAUAGAAUUUGUAUUAGCCAGUUUAGUAUGUCAUUUACUUAAUUUUGUACUUGUCACUGAGUAUUACAUCUCUAAGACACAAUUUGAGUUAUUAGCUAGCUUUACUGAAUUAUCUAGUCUUUCCUUAGUCAUAUAAUUAGCAUGAUGAAGUCUUCCACACAUGCCUUGAUACUGAGAUGCAUUGAGAAAUGCAACAAUGUUCAACAUGUUCAUGGCUCAUUAUCAACCAGUCACUUCAUAUCCAUAAGUUUACAGUUUAAAAUCUGCUUACUUGACAUCUAUCUUGUAAUUGUUAUUUUAGGACCUAAGAUUGAGAGUCAGUGCAUGAAGUGAUCUCCAUUUUCUCAAUUAACUAGAGAAUUGAGGGCCUGACAAAUGAUCAUCUGCCAGUAACACUGCCAGUAGUCUUUUUUCUGUUUCAAUUUUUUAUGAAGCAAUUACAAAAAGACCCAAUUUAGGCUCACAACAGAUCCACUGAACUUUUAAGCUUGACUGACUUACAAGGAGAAGUCUGACCUAGCACUUAAUCUCCAUUUUAGUCUUUAUUUUAACUUCCUUUUUCUUCUGAGUGCUGUUACAUUGUUGCAGAGCUAAAUACUGCCAUCUCACAUCUUCAGUGCUUCACGUUGUCCAUUCAAAUAUGGAUAAAUCAAUUGUGAGACUGCUCCACUAUUGUGUGACAUUACGUGAUAUUCUGUAAAAUACCACUGGUCUCGAUCUACCAUUCAUUUUGGAAUUUGUGGUGAUUUCUUUUUAAUGACAUGCACUAUGGCAUCUGUCUGAAACGGUGCAGAAAUUCACUCUACAAUAGGGCCCUACAGUAUUAGCUGAAUCUAUCCGUGGUUCUUCAGGGUCUCAGUCUGCAAAGAUUUAUAUUCACCUGUGUUUCCACCACAAUAUUUCAUCGAAAUGUGAGGUUUAUUUUGGAGUGGGCAUGGUUGUGGUUGCUUUUCAAGGUGAUUGAUUCUUUGUCGUGGAAUCAGAUACUUCCUCUACCAAUCUUGGACUGACUCCCUGAACAGUAUACACUACAGUCACCUUUCUCCUCUCAGGACUAAUGCUGCAUUCAUGACAUGAGGGGCAUACCAGAAAUAUUAAUGUCUGACUUGAAACGGCUAUUAUAAAAGUCAGAAGCUCAGGGUUUGUGAGUUUUCCCAUGGAAUUUGUCCCUGCAUUUGCAAACAUUUACAUGUCAAUAACAAUUCAAAAGAUAAAAAUUUGCAUCUGAACUGCCUGCAAGAAGAUGAACUAAAUGAAAUAUCAAACCUUCAGAGUGUGUCAGAGCUCAGUCGAUGCACACCAGGGAACCCUCCGUGCGUGAUGAAUGCAGCAUGAGACAACUACAGCAAGUCUUCACAGCUGACCAGCAGCCCUUCACUCACAGUCUUCUCUGGGACACCUUUGCUCCCCCUGCGUGCACACACUAAUGUACAGUGUUGUAUCAUUGCGUAUUAAAUGUUAUUUUUUAAUAAAGUAGU